ACUUACUCUGGGAUUUUCUGCCUGUUUUACACAUAAUCUCACUGCUCUCAAGCUAAACCUAAAAUCUCAAAUUUUCGACUGAGUCGCCGUUGUAUUGGAAUUUCGAUCUUCCGUGGGCUUCCUCCGAUGAGGAAAUUUAAUCUAUCAAGUGUAUGAGCAAAUUAAUAAGGUAUACUUUCAACUAGAUUAGUGUGAUGUGGCACACACUUGCUGAGGAGCAGAGCCAACACUUUGAUCGCAUAUGCAAGUUCUGGGGUGAAGAUCAAGCCAAGAUGGAUAUUGACGCUAAUGACCACCAAGCCAAGCAAGAGCGUUUGAGGACAAGAUGGACACCAGCUCUUGAUAAGAUUUUUGUCGACAUAGUUGUGGAGCAGAUUCAACAAGGGAACAGACCAAAUAAUGUUUUCGAUAAGAAAACGUGGAACCAGAUCCGGGAGGAAUUUAAUAGACAGACCAACCUCAGUUUCAAUAACAACCAACUGAGGAAACAUCUUGAUGUUCUGCGGACACGUUACCACAAUCUACAAUCAACUGUUAUCCAAAAUGAUGCAAUGCAGGAUCCAUGCUAUGUGGGAUUUGAUCUAUGGGAAGACAUUGGGGCACCAUCCAAGAUCGAACCAGCAAAGACCAAAGAGUGUCCUAUUUAUGAGCAACUGUGCACAAUAUUUGCAGAUACGGGCGUGGAUGGAAAAUAUGCCCAAUCUAGCCACUACGAAGAGUUGGACAAGCCUGCAGGUUUUGAUCCUUUAGGUCCAGAAGGUGUAAACCAACAUCCAAAAACUCCAUCAACAUCAAAACUCCUUGAAGGGAAUGAAUCUUCACCCCAAAACGUGACCAAGAACAUGGCUGAUAAAAAGAGAAAGCGGCCAUCAGAAGCAGGCUCGACACCUGAACAAAGCAGUUGGAAUCAAGAAUUAAGUGAUACGAUGGCAGAAGCCAUUUGGGAUAUGAUCAAUUCUUUAAAGUCACGACAAGUCACAGGGCCUCUUGUUGAUGAAAGAUUCUCAAUCAGCAGCUGCAUAAAAGCCCUGGAUGAUAUCGAAGGCAUUGAAGACAAUCUAUACUAUGCUGCCUUGGAUCUGUUCGAGAAUCCUAGUUUUAGGGAGAUGUUCAUUUCACUCAAUAGCAGUUAUGUCCGCUUAACAUGGUUGCAGGGAAAGUGUGGCAGUUAUACCCAUUAUAGCAAUUGACAUAUAGGUCUUCAUAUGUUUAGUAGUACAGGUUUUGACGGAGGGGAUCAGUUGCUGGUAAAUUGUAGCUAGUCUUUUGGCACAUGAGGGUGGAAAGCAGUAAUAUGUUUUAGGGAUCAAAAUAAACACAAGUAUAUAGCAUCGCUACACCUUCAGGUGGUUUUUGGAAAUGUUUAGGUCAUGAUUCAUGUAGAUAACAUAUGUUUGAUCAGAAUGUACCGUGUUGUAGUUCU